GACAAAAGAAGAUAUAUUCCAGGUAAAGGAUUAACCAGUGAAUUCUUUUUAUGCACCAUAUCUCCUGAUGAAAGCGAAGAUGAAGGAGGGCGCCCCUCGACUAGUGCUCAGCCUGAAAGACGGUGCCCGAUAGGUUUUCCCGAGCAUGAUAUCCUCGAAGGGAUUUAUACUCGCCCUAAUAGAGCUAAAAAUUUGCAUCCAAAGAAAGAACCUCUUCCUGCUGUCACUGAAAAGAAAGAGAAUGCACCCGAGAAAAAUCCAAAGCCUGAAGAUGAGCAGCAGCCAGGGGGAUCUGGGUCAACAUGAAUCCAUUUUCCAAAAUGCACCGGGCAGUAAGUAAAGGCAGAUCGGGCUUUAGUUUUUAUGUGAAUGUAUACGUGAAUGAAUGAAUACGUAUUGAAUGAGGAGGGACACUGUGCUUUCACGUAUUAAACGACACGAAUCUUCUAGACUACCCCUAAACCAAAUUAUGCCCAAAUGAAAACAAAGCCCUUUCAAAAUAGCUCGGGGACCACUGUCUAUAAUGAACUAUAUGUACUUCGUAUUGAUAAUAUUUGUGCCUCUACUCUACACAAGUCUAAUAAGCAUGAUACGCAUAUUUAAUGUGCAUGACCAGAAGCGCAAAAGUCAUCAUGAUUAAAACUACAGAGCGUUACAUAGCAAUGAUUCAUCUUGACAUGUAAAGUAAGGCCAAAUAAUUCAAUUUACUCAUUCAUUCUGUAUACAAAUGACAUUCUUUAUACAACGAUGAUACAAUACAUUUCUGGUACUAUUUCUGGAUUGGAAAAUGACCUUGAACCCACAGAUAUAAUAAGAAGAUUAAAAGUAAUAUUAAAUUCAAGGUAGAGAUAAGGAGAUGAACAUUUUGGUGCAAAUCAAUGUUCCUAAAUCUUCAAAAUCUAGGCCCAACAAUUCAAGACCCUCUGAAAAAAUAUGCUUGAUUAUAUACAUAAUUGAACCAAAAAUAAGCAAAAACUGUAGUGGCUCUAGUAACUGAAAAACUGCCAGAAUACAUACUAUCUACCAACUACUGCAGUAAAUGGUUGAAUGAUACAAUGAAUAUGAAAACUAUCCCAGCCUCUUUAUGGAUGUAGAAAAUACUUUUCACAGAGACAUGAAUGAAAAAAAAAAACGCCAAAACACUGAGCAGUCAAAACUCAAUAUAAUGUGAUCGACUAUAAACCACUCCUUUUGUCACUGGUCAAUGGGAUAGAUCUCAAGCGCUCUUUGUCGCACCCGCACCUGACUUCGCCUCAUCGACGAACCUCCCCGUUGCUUAGCAUAAUAGCACAUCCACGGACCAGGGCGAGAGGUUACUCAUUCAAAAAUAGAAGAUGCAUUCGACAUCCUCCUGUGAUGUGGUCGCUGAGGCGCACAGAGAUUAAUGUAAAUUUUUGAUGUCAUUCCACAAUUGCCGACCCCUCAAUGAAAUCAGAAGAAGUACAGAGGUAUUUAGAUUGUACCAAGGACAGCUCUGAUUUGACUGACAGCAGUGCGUAUGAAGAGCAUGGAAUCGAAUUUGAAGUCGUUUCGAUGUCGGAAGGAGAAAGGUUCUACCGUUUUGAUGACAAAUUCAGUUCAUCGAGCCCCGAGGAUGUUCGAAAUGUGAUGACAAGAUUAAACCCGAAAAUUAUUGAAGUUGAAGAUUCUGAGAGUAAACAAUCUGGAGGUGAUUGUGUUACCGAACCGACGAAGGUAUGCUGUCCUGCUCCUUAUAAAUUUUGUAUACGCUGCAGAGAUAUUAACCAUCACCCUUAUUUUCCAUACUGUAUCAGGUGUCAAAGGCUGAGGAGGGAUUUUCUACCGAAAAGGCCAGGGAGGAAGAAGAAACGCGGGAAACUCUUAACUGUACUGUCGCCGGAUUCAGUAUUGAAGGACGAAGUGAUCGUGCAGUCGUUCGACUCACCUAAAAGUGAUUCGCUGUGCAAUGUCUGCGGGUUGAGGCCCAAAAACGGAGGCUUCAUCCACGGUUUAAUUGUUCAUUUAUACGCGUGCUACAAAUGUGCGCUCAAAAUCUAUAAGGACAAUAAGUUUUGCCCUAGUUGCAACUUGAAAAUAAAGGCUGUUAUGAACGUAUUAUGAUGUGAACAUAUUAUUUAUAUAUUUUGAAGAGAAUAAAGUAUUUUUUAUGUAAAAAAAUCCCAAAGAAA